GCGAUUGUGGCUUUUCUUGGCGCUCUAGCGGUGGGCACACUUUUGUUAUUAACAAUUCUUUUUAACAAAAACAUAAAAAACAUUUGAUGAAAUAAAAUUGCAAUAGUUCAAUAAACACAAUUUAUCUACAACUGGCUUUCGAGCUAGAAAGGUAGAGAGCAGCUGGGUACUGCCAACCUACUACUGGCAACCGAGUAACCUGUGGAAUAUACCGAAUAUUUAGGUUUUACUUAAACAUUUUAUAAAAAUUAUACAAUUCGACCUUACUAACGGGCCGAAUACACUUCCAAUGUCGGAUCCGCUGAUCAUUUGUGUUUGUGACUACUGGCGGCGAUGUCAUUACCACAAUCGUCCAAAUCGGGAAGCCGGCGACUCCUGCCCAAAAUUAAAACUGUUGCGGAGGCUGCGCAUCCAUGUGGACGCCAUUAAUGGGAAUUACUACCUGCGUGAGUUCCUGCACCAGAAAGUGCUGGCCCAGAGCCUCCGGCACACCAAUGGCGUCCAGCUUGUAUGGCUACAAUUUGAGGAACCGGAGAAGGACACCAUUGACUACAGAUUCGCCGACAUGCUGGCACACACGCUGUGGGAGCACAUCGAGGUGGAGCACCUCAUGUCCUGGCUGUCCACUCUGGGCGGCGGAUUCUCCGCCCUUGGCGAGCAGUUCGAGCGAUGUGCGGAGACAGCCGGCAAGAUUUCGCUGCAGCAGUUAAAGAUUGGCCUGCGACUCGGCGAUCCGUUCCUGCAGACGCGCUGCAAGCUGUACUUCAGCAUUUCGCUGAUCCAGCGGGGUCAGCUGCGGGCAGCGAAGCAUCUGAUUCGCAAGCAGUACGACUUCGCGAGAAGAAACGUCGAGAAGGAUGUGCGUCUGGUGCGGAUGUGCCUGGGCAUUUGGCAGCGACUUAGCUACGAGUACGAGCAGCGAAGAAUGCGGAAAAGGCGCAACUAAAUUGGACUUGGAACCGCAGAUUAUGCCGAUCAAAGAGUAAAAAAAAAAGAUUGUAAAAUGUAUUGGGGGGCAAGAUUCCUUUCUUUUUAAGGAGAAAAGCAAAUAUUGUUUUUUAU